GCUUCUUCUUUCCCCAAGCCUCUCUGGCACUGGAUAUAUCUUGCUUUUGCCAUUUGCCUGUCUAUGAAUGCUGCUAAGCUCUGUGUAAGGCCUGCCUACUGAUCCCUGGGCCUGCAGCCUCUCUAUUUCAGACGAAGACCACCGAAGAGCAGGAGGCCACCAUUGACUGCCAAAGAAUUCAGAGUGCUGAACAAACUCAAAGCAUUGCCAUGAUCAUUCAGAUUGGAAAGAUCGAAACCCACGCUGAGUUCCGGGCACUUGCUUGCGAGUGGUUCGUCGGGCACGGCAUCUUCCGCGGCUGGUUGGAAGGUUUCGGAAGCCAGCACAGGGCUCUCUGGGUAUCUGCAGAUCCUAGAUGCAGGAAGUCGGUGCUAGCCAGGUACCUUGUCGACGAUGUUUUCUCGACCAGUGAAAGGAGGACGACGUGCUUCUUUUUUUCUUCAAGGACGACGAAGGUGCCGGGGAAAUUCUCUGCAUUCUCGAUACUCUCGACGAGUGCCGAUUGGAGGACAAUUCAAAGCUCACCAAUGCCUUGAUUGACCAAUGACACAUGACCAAGGCACCGACUCUAAAG